UUAGAAGUGUCAACUGCACGGGCCGUUUUCAAGCAUUCACAUGAGGUGCAGUUAAAGUCUAACUUUAAGGCCAUUCUGUCAUGCCCCAACCGGACCGGCGAGCGGGCGGAGACUCGACACAAUCCUUCCGUGAACGUCCCACCCAAAAAGGCGGGGCGUCGGAUGCAUCGAGAAAAUGUCAACAACAUGCCGGAGACUACCGGAGAAACUGAAACUGAGGAGGGAACGAGGGACAGACAACAAAGAGACAAAGGAAACAUCUCGUCUCGCAAUGUCGUGUCUGUCAUAUCUCAGUUUGCAGAUGACAAUUUGACUGUUGUGCGGAAUAUUAGUACCGGACUGGCUGUAGUCGGAGUCCUUGUGAUUGCCAGGAGCAUUAAGCUGAUCACAAAAUUUCAAGCUGUGUGCGAGAUCCCUGCUCGAUUCAUUGAGAAGAAUGUCAGUCUUCGAGGGAAAGUUAAUUCCAUCACCGAGAAGGGAAUUGAGGUGGAACAUGUGCCAAUUUACCUGCCAGUUCUGUCUCCAUUACUGUCAAAGUACAAAGAUGUGUCCACACCUCCACUGCUGGUGCAUCUUGCCGGGGUGGAGCUGACACAGGAGGGAAAGAUAUGGCUGCAGAAGAAUCUUGCUCCUGCUGACACGGUGUGGCUCAAACUUAUCAGUCGAGAAGACGACAUACUGCACUGUUUGGUGUCCCAAAGCAAAAAGGGGUCAAUAUGGAGCUACUACAUAAACGAAGAGGUACUCAAGCUUGGCCUGGCUCGCACUGCGCCCAUAGCAGGAGUCCAGCCCGGCUCUCGCCUCUACUGGCGCCUACACAGACGGCUGCAUAGGGCAGAGGUGAAAGCUGAGAAGAAGGGUCGGGGUCUGUGGAAGGAGGAGAGCCUGUGGGAGAAAACCUGCAUGGCUGUCAGGGACAGCGCUUUGUUCAGACUCAUGAGGAAGAUCUUUAAAAGGACUUGAUGCUCUUUAUUAUUCCAAGUCAAAGAGUUUGUUGGGGGUGAGUUCUGAAAUCAUCAUAAUUUAACAUUAUGAUCUUGCAAAACAAUGGAAAAACAUCCUGUUAAAAGUGUUGAAUUGUACACAUAUUCAGGUUAUACUGUAAGAAGCUAGUUUUCUCUUCACUAAUCUGUCAUUUCACUUGUUGCAAAGGUUUAUAUCCUACUUAUUUUGUAUAUUUGAGUUUUGAAAAGUUUGAAUAAACUGCAAAUGUUGUUAAAAGUACCAUGUUGAGGGCUGGAAAUAAACCUCAUUACCCAUUUAGCCUCAGCUAAGCACAGCAUG